CUCUCUCAGUCUGUCUCUUCACCUCCUUUCAUUCCCCUCGUUGUGUCUGUGGUGGAGGAAGGAUGCUGCCCCGCAGACUUCUGGGUCUGCUGGGACUCCUCAUGCUCUGCAAAGGCCAGGAGGGCAGCGGGGAAGGCGAGUCCUGCGAUAACUUCACUGACCUCAACCUGUCCCACUGCUUCAUGGGAACCAGCCUGUACGUGCGGCUGCUCCUCUACACCCGCUCCAACCUGGACUGCGGCCGUGAGCUCAACCACCACCACCUGUCCUCGCAGCCGCUCUUCAACCUCUCCCGCCCCACCGCCUUCGUCAUCCACGGCUACCGGCCCACCGGGGCGCCCCCCAUCUGGAUCGACCACAUCGUCCACCUGCUGGCCGAGCAGGAGGACAUGAACGUCAUCGUGGUGGACUGGAACAGGGGGGCGGCGAACCUCAACUACUUCACCGCUGUGACGUACACCAGGGAGGCGGCCCUGAACCUGACUGGGUUCAUCAUGACGAUGGAGGAGGAAGGAGCCUCUCUGAGUUCAGUUCACCUCAUCGGCGUCAGUCUGGGAGCUCACCUGGCCGGAUUCGUGGGCGCAAACCUGAAGGGAAAGAUCGGACGCAUCACAGGUCUGGACCCGGCAGGUCCGAUGUUCACCAGUGCCACAACAGAGGAGAGGCUGGACCCGUCGGACGCCAUGUUUGUGGACGUGCUUCACACCGACAUGGACUCAUUUGGACUGAGAGGAGCUCAUGGUCAUAUUGACUUCUAUGCCAAUGGAGGAGCCGACCAACCAGGGUGUCCCAAAACUAUCUUUGCAGGUAAAUCUUACUUUGUGUGCGACCACCAGCGCUCGGUGUUUCUCUUCUUGUGCGCUCUGAACCGAACGUGCAGCCUCACCGGUUACCCCUGCUCGUCCUACAGCGACUUCAUGGACGGGAGGUGUCUGCAGUGUGAGGCCUUCAAACCUGCUUCCUGUCCUGUGCUCGGUUAUGAUUACAGCCAGUGGAGAGACUCUCUGCUGCGACUCGGACAGACCAAAGUCUUCUUCAGCACCACGGCUACGCUGCCCUACAGGAAGCUCAGCUACAGAGUGGACAUGGUGACGUGGAACCAGUACCUCCGCUGGGGGGUCGUCUACAUCCGGUUACACAGCGGCAGAACCUUCACAGAGGCCCGAAUAGACCAUAAGCUCUUCCGGUUGGAGCAGUACACCUCCACCCGCCUGCUGGCCCAGUUUGACGAGGACGUGCAGCACGUCCAGAAGAUCACCCUGCGCAUCAGCACGGGCAACGUGAUCGGCCCCCGAUACAAAAUCAGGCUGCUGCGAAUACGCUUCACGCCUCUGGAACAUCCUGAGAGGUCAGUCCUCAAACAGACUGCAAAACGUUUUUCCAAAGGUUUAGCAGUCCUUUUUUUGGCUGUUCUACAACUACAGUAUCCAAAAUUCAACUUGUACUUUUUACAUUAAAAGUGAACUCAAAAAUAAAUCAGUUUUAGUUUGCAUACUGACUUUUGGCCACAUAAUCAUCAUCUACUUAGAUCCAGUAUGUUGUAUAAAACUGGGACACACACCAGCUAGUCUCGUAACUGCUGACACUUGAUUCCUGACCUCUGACCUCUCCGACCACCAAAGCAUCCUGCUGCUACUGUCAAUCUCUAUCCUGAGUUCCACUAUAACCCUGUGAUUAAUUUCCAGUUAAGUUUCUUGAACACUUUUUCAACAACCAUACGACAAUAUAUUGUGGACCCGCAAACCCUGUUGAGGGUGAAAGUUCAUUUUUGACGUUGAAAACAGUAGUUUCACUUAAAAAAACUUGACUUUUGAUUCAUUUUCUUCACAUUUUCUAUGGUUUAAAGAGAAUAUUCAGUUUGGUUUUGUUGUUUUUUAACAUAUAUACACACCUAAUUACCUUUUAAAAUAAAUGCAUACACAUUUUCCUCCCCUCAGGCCUGUAAUGUGCCGCUUCGACAUCAUCAUGGAGGAGAACAUGGAGGUGGCGUUUCGACCUCUGCCCUGCAACUCUGACCUCUGACUCCCUGACCACACACAAACUACUACUUCUUCUCCUUCUAUGGAAACACAUCUUCACUCACCCCUGAUGCCCAGACGUCCUCUGGGUGCUUACAGGGUGUCCUGGCCCCAGGUGGACCUGCAGGGACCCCCCCACACACAGGAGGAGCUGCAGCCUCCUCACCGGCUGAUGAAGACAACCCAACUGGUUCUCUUAAUGAUUCCUAGUUACUGGAAAGUCAACAUAAUCUUAAGGACAACUGAAGUCACGUGUCUACGGGAGCUGACGGGAUUUUUAUAAACAGUGACUCACGAUGAGCUGUGAGGUCAGGAAACACAGCAACAGGAUUUAUUGUGAGAUUAAGGAAAAAGCUGGAGGAGAGACUUACAUCAAGGUGAGGAUCUCCAGAAACCAGUUCACCUGUAGCUGUAGUGAAACUGUCAGAGCUGCUGCACAGUAUAAACAUUUAAAACAUCGAGUUAUUUUAUUAGUAGUUAGUAGUGUAAUAGUUAUUUUAUUCUAAUGAAAAGAAACUUUCUUCUUUUCUGCUCUGAAGCAGAGCAAGAAUUUAACAUUUGUUUAAAAAAAUAUCUCAGGCAUAUUAAUGGUUUAUGUCUGACUGAAUAAAGGCUUUUACACACUUCACCUUAGAAAAAACAACUUAAUUUUCUGAUUUAUUCUCAUGCUUCCCCCAAAGAAUCAACUACUAGAAUAAAUAUAAUGGAUAAAUAAGUAUAUAUAAUAAUAAAAACAAUAAAUGAUCAGCCUGUAGGAGACACCGUCAUCCUCAGGCCCUUGUCACUGAUAAGACAAUGUGAAAUUUAAUCUAAAAGAAGCUUUUAUUAUAGAUUCUAAUCUGUAUAAUCUAUAACAGAGAUAUAUUGAUCAGUUUCACUGCAGUUACAGAUUUUCUCAUCUGUGCCUUAUACCAAGCAGUUCUCAACCUUUUUGGUUUGUAACCCUGUCUGUAAGUUUUCACAUAAACCAUCUGCUGGUGGUGGACGGGGUUACGACCUCCAGGCUGAGAGCUGCUACAGUAACAGUGAUGCUGCUAUGAAGUUUGUCCACAGACAUGACCUGUGUCACUGCAGCAGUUCUGUUUUCAUGUGUGAUGUUGAAAACACAGGUAGUUAAGUGUUCGUAGCUUGUUAACCAGGAACAGGUUAGUGUUUUUAAAGCUAACACAACAACUGAGCAGCCAACACACAGAUUUCCUCUGAUGUCAAACUGAACUGUUGUCUUUUUUUAUUAUGUAUUUUCACCUGAUGUUUGAAAUAAAUAUAAAUUUCAUAACAUAUUCCAUCAAGUACUGAUUUAUUUUUUAGCUUCUGCAGAUUUAUUUUCAGCUCCUUUCAGUUGGAGUUAAACUCUGAGAGUACGAGGCUGUUUUUUCUGUCUACUGCAGGAGAAACUAGAUUUUAACUGAACAAGCCUGGAGGGCAAAACAACACUGAGGUUCACCUAAAGAGAUGUCAACACGUUUUAACAAACACAGAGGUUUCUAAUUCUGUGGUUGCUACGAGCUUCUUACAGUUGAAAGUUAUUUUUAACAGAUAAAAGUUUGCUCAGUUGUCAGAGACACACUUUACCUGUUGUUAGAGCUGUAAUUCGAGCUAAUAAUCGUCAUUUUUUUAGGCUAAGAUGCCAAAUGUUUCCUGGUUGCCAGCUUCUCAAAUGUGAAGAUUUGAUGCAGUUUCAUGUAACAAGGCAAAAAUCUGAGUUGCUGUCUGAGCACAGGCACUGAUAAACUGUGAUUUAAGGACAGAUCCUUAGACUUAUCUCAUCCACAAGACUAAGUGGAUCAGAAUUUUGUGUCCCUCAGUUAUUGUGCAUGUUAGCUCACUAUCACAGCUUACUGAGCCAUCAUGCCUGAGCUUCUCCUACUGCAACAAGUCAAACUGUCACCUGUGAAAAAUGCCUGUUUGACUUGUUGCAAAAUAACCUGUAAUUCCUUUAAAAUUCAACCAGGUGAGUGAACAACAGGACAGAUUCAGAAACACUCAGACAAAAUCGAAAUUAAAAGGUUUUAUUUGGACACAGCGGCGACAGUCUGAGCAGUGUGUGACGUCUGCUCAUGUGUCACUGACUGUGAGGCUGGUGUGACGUUAAUAUUGAACAGUACAGAUAAAACAGACAGAAAGAAAACAGUAGGAAUCAAGAGAACAUCGACAGUGUGUUAAAUAAGCAGCUAAAACCACGACUGGUGGCUGGUUUAACCAACAUGAUCCUGAUAAACAGUGGUAGUUGAACAUCACACAAAAA